CAUUGCACUCCAUCCGCAUCCACCAUGCCCCGCCUUACGAAAGCGCAGAAGGAGGCGCGCAGCGCGUCCGGCAAGCCCGUCAAGAAGGCCGGCAAGCCCGGCACGGCCAAGUCUUCCGGCGGCGGGUUCAAGGUCGGCCCGGCGCAUGCGCCGCGCAACGCCUACCUCGGCAAAGCCCAGAAGAAGAAGGCCGAGCUCAUCGCCGCUGCCAAGGUCAAGCAGCAGUAUGCGAAGGUGCUUGCGCGGGAGGGGAUGCAGUCCGUCCGCGUCGGCGGGAAGGGCGGCGUGAGCGCGCGCGGCGCGCUGCCGGACGCGGGGGGGAAGGGGAAGGGGAAGGGGAAGGAGAGAGAGGAGGGGGAGCGGGCACGGCUCGAACGGCGAAUGGCGGCUGCGAUGGCGGACGCGGACGAGGACGAUGGAGAGGGACACGGGGGGAGUGACGACUCGGACGCCGACUCGGACGACGACUCGGACUCGGACGCGGAGGACGAGGCGGCGCGCGCGGCGGCGCGCAUGCGGCAGGCGGCACGCGAGGCGGACGAGGCGCGCGCGGAGCGGCGGGAACGCAAGGCGUUCGAGCGCGGCAAGACGGGCACCGAGAAGGCGUUCCGGCCGGGGCGGCGGCCACUGUCUAAGCAAGCGCCAGAGGCGCGGACGGUACGCGCGCUCUCGCCGCCGAAGGUCGAACCGCGCGAGGGCCGGCUGCGCGACCUCAAGCGCGAGGCGUUUGGAAAGCGGCACGCGGGUCGCGCCGGCGGCCAGCCGCGCAUGGGUGCGCGCAUGGAUGUGCUGCUCGAGAAGAUCCGGCGCUCGAAGUCGUAGACUCGCUAUGCAUAAUGGGUCUGAGGCUCUAC